CUAGAAGCUGGAUCCACGCAGUAGAAAGGCUUAGGACGAUAAACCAUGUGUGGAAUAAUUGGACCAAUCAUAUACAGAGGCAUUCAUUAGCUUAAUGGUAAGAGGAAGCGUUUCGGUUGGGUUCAGCACAUCAUCGCCUGCAGGGAAUGUGUUAACGAGAGUGUAUAAAGGCAUCGGCCCGCUUCUGAACAGCGGCAGUCAUGAGAGUAACGGUGGUGUGUCUGCUGUUAGUAGCUGCAGGAGUGGAGUCGAGGGACGUCGGGAGGACUUCCCUGCAGGAGUCGAGGCUGGAAGGAGUGAAGAAGCAGGAAGCAGAACACUUGGGAGGUGCUAUCAAGAGAGAAUAUCAUGAUGUUACGGAAGAUCAUCAUGGAUUCGGUCUGAAGAUACAGCAAGAUCAGAGUGUGACACAGAAUCAUCAUGAACUUGGAGAAGGAAAAGGUGAACAUGGAUAUCACAUUGUGGGACAGGUUAGUGGAGGUCACGAUUUUGAGCCUAGUCAGAAGGAUUAUAGUGGAGACUCCGGAGAAUGGAAAGGAAUCCCGAGCUCAGAUCCGGUACAUCAUAAUAUCCACCAGGAACAGCCUGCUGUGAUACACAAUGUUGAACUUGAACAAAAAGAUCAUCAACACUUUGGAGGCGAAGUUCAUCAAGAUAUAAAACAACACUCCGAAUACCCUGUUGAAGUUCACCAUAGCUUUGAAGACGUCAAGCAUCACGAUUUUGGAAGUGAGCACAAGUUCGAAGAUCAUCGCCAAUUCGAAAAUUUCAAGUCCGGAAAGCACCACGAGUUUGAAAACCUACAACACCCUAAGAUUGAAGAGCACAAGCACGAGUUCGAUGAAGAACACCAUCACGAAGUGAAGACGAUAACAGUCACGAAGAAAGUGCCAGUUCCAUACACAGUAGAAGUUGAGAAGAAGGUCCCUAUCAAGAUAGAAGUUCCUGUGGACAAACCUUACCCAGUUGAGGUACCGAAACCUUAUCCAGUCUAUAUCGAGAAGAAAGUUCCGUACACAGUGAGGGAAUAUGUUCCUCAGCCUUUCACCGUGUAUAAGAAGGUUCCUUAUACGGUCAAAGUACACGUAGAUAAGCCGUAUGCAGUCCAUGUUCCCAAGCCGUAUCACGUGUUCGUGGAGAAGAAAGUGCCUUACCACGUGGAGAAGCACGUUCCGUACCCAGUCAGAGUAUACGUAGACAAACCGUACCCUGUGCAUGUACCAUUCUACAAACACGUCCCUUACACUGUGGAGAAGAAGGUGCCAUACCCUGUGAGAGUGCCCGUGGAGAAACCGUACCCGGUGUCAGUUCCAAAACCAUACAAGGUGUACGUCGAGAAAAAGGUGCCUUACACAGUAGAGAAGCCAGUACCUUACCCAGUGAAAGUCCCUAUAUAUCAUUUGGAAGAAAACAAGGAACACGAAUCACCAAUCGGGCAUGAUCAGCAGUCUCAACUCCAUGGUCAGUUUCACGGCAGUGUGGAUUUGAAGCAUGAAGUCAGUCCUCAUCACAACCAAGAGAUUGGAGACUUGAAGCCAGAACUUCCAGUGACACACCAUAUUCAAGCCCAUCACAACCAAGAGAAUACGGACAUUAAACAUGAACCACAAAUUCCAAUUCACCAUGGCCACGGAAACUUAAAACAAGAGACGUCUGAAGUUCAAGGCGAAGCACACAGUUUCCAGUUACACUGGAGAGGCCAGCACGGCCACGGGGAAUUAGAUCUCAGCCAUCAAGCGUCUUCUCCAGUGGAGUUGAAAAAGAAACAGGAGUAGACAGAAAAGGGCCGCAUGUAUAUUCGAAGGGCCUUCCAGAACUGUCAUGUGGUUCUGAAACACUUGUAAAUAAUCUGUUAGCUGUUUUACAUAUUAAAA